AUGAAAAACGGCGAAAAGAAUUUCUUCGACUGUCAAAAAGAACUGUCCGCUUAUUUGAAAAGCGAUGUGCAAGUCUUAACCCAAUCCAUGGAAACAUUUGCAAAAGAAAUGAAGGAACUGACAGGUAUAGACCCUACGGUGGAAUGCGUCACCAUUGCCAGUACCGCUUUUAAAGUGUUUCAAAAGAAGUUUUUGGAGCCGUACACCAUUGCCUUGGAACCUCUGGGUGGCUGGCGUCACAACCAACAAAAUCAGAGCGUGGAGGCCUUGCAGUGGCUGGAAUUCGAAAACACCAAGAUUGGUGGCGGUAUUCAGGUAUGAUUUUGUUAAGUUGCAGUGUUUUUCCACACUUAAGUUUUUUAGUUGCAGUAAAAGUCUCCACAUUUGAAUUUGAACACGCAGUGUUUUACCGCAAAUUUCAGUUCGUGAAUUGUUUACGACUGAGCAAACGUGAGUGCAUGCUUUCAUUCAAAAAGAACAAGGAUUUGUAUGGGAAAUGUGCUUAAAAAGUCUGCACUUAAGAAAAUUUAUUUGCAGUGUUUUACUGCAUUUUUCAGUUGACGAACUGUUUACUACGGUGCAAAUAGGAUUGCACGAUCGAAAAAUUAUAUUCUGCGGACCGCGCAGGAAACAAUAAUAUUAUUUUUUCUCUUUUACAGCAGAUGUGCGGUCACACACGCGAGGAACGUAUGCUGAAGGGAACCUGGUGUACUCCUGAACUCCAAAAAGCCGUGGAGAAAGGUUACCAGAUCCUAAAAAUCCACGAAGUCUGGCACUUUCCUGAAGAAAAUCGUCGCCAAGGCCUAUUUGCAGGCUACGUCAAUACCUGGCUAAAGCUGAAACAAGAGGGCGCUGGUUGGCCUACCGGAGUUGAAACCCCAGAGCAGAAAGCCGAGUAUGUGAGACGGUAUGAACAACAUGAAGGAAUUAAGUUGAACCCUGACAAGAUAGCCGUGAAUCCUGGGAGGAAAAGUAUUGCAAAAUUACUUUUGAGCAGGUGAGUCAUGUUUUUCCACACUUAAAAAUUAACUUGCAGUAAAAUUCUGCACAUUUUAAAGUUAACUUGCGGUGUUUUACCGCAAAUUUCAGGUCGCGAAAUGUUUGUGACUGUGCCAAUAGGAUUGCACGCUUGCAUUAAAAAAUAACAAGGAUUUGUAUGGGAAAUGUGCUUAAAAAGUCUGCACUUAAGAAAAUUUAUUUGCAGUGUUUUACUGCAUUUUUCAGUUGACGAACUGUUUACUACGGUGCAAAUAGGAUUGCACGAUCGAAAAAUUAUAUUCUGCGGACCGCGCAGGAAACAAUAUUAUUAUUUUUUCUCUUUUACAGCAUGUACGAAAUUCCUUGGAGGGUGAAGUCAAAGUGAUCACCCCUGCUCAAUCGUACAGUGUGGAUGGGUUUCACGCAGCCAGCAAUACCGUCUACGAGUAUAAUGGGAGCAUUUUUCACGGCUGUCGAAAAUGCUACCCUAAGCAAGGAAACCUGAAACGCUUUUGCCAUCCUGACCGAACUGUCCAUGAAGUCUAUGGAGCAACGCUAAAGAAAGCGGCCAUCCUUCGUGAGGCGGGGUACAACGUAGUGGAAAUGUGGGGGUGCGACUUCGCAAAACAGAAAGAAACAGAUCCAGAGUUGGUGGAAUUCUUGGAAACUUUCCAUUACGUCCUGCCGCUUGAACCGCAAGACGCAUUCUUUAGAGGGCGAACGGGAGCCGCGACCCUUUACUCAAAAGCUGGUGAGGAUGAGGAAAUCAGCUAUGUGGAUUUCACAUCCCUGUACCCAAGUAUCAACAAGUAUGGAACGUAUCCUGUUGGUUUCCCUCAGAUCAUUUAUCAACCCCAAAACCAGAAUAUUAGCGAGUACUUUGGCAUCGCGCAAGCCAACCCUUUGCUAGAACGGAGCAAUAUGUGCGGUCACACACGCGAGGAACGUAUGCUGAAGGGAACCUGGUGUACUCCUGAACUCCAAAAAGCCGUGGAGGAAGGUUACCAGGUCCUAAAAAUCCACGAAGUCUGGCACUUUCCUGAAGAAAAUCGUCGCCAAGGCCUAUUUGCAGGCUACGUCAAUACCUGGCUAAAGCUGAAACAAGAGAGCGCUGGUUGGCCUGCCGGAGUUGAAACCCCAGAGCAGAAAGCCGAGUAUGUGAGACGGUAUGAACAACAUGAAGGAAUUAAGUUGGACCCUGACAAGAUAGCCGUGAAUCCUGGGAGGAAAAGUAUUGCAAAAUUACUUUUGAACAGGUGAGUCAUGUUUUUCCACACUUAAAAAUUAACUUGCAGUAAAAGUCUGCACAUUUUAAAGUUAACUUGCGGUGUUUUACCGCAAAUGUCAGGUCGCGAAAUGUUUGUGACUGUGCAAAUAGGAUUGCACGCUUGCAUUCAAAAAUAACAAGGAUUUGUAUGGGAAAUGUGCUUAAAAAGUCUGCACUUAAAAAAAUUUAUUUGCAGUGUUUUACUGUAUUUUUCAAAUGGUGAAAUGAUUACUACUGUGCAAACAGGGCUGCACGGUCGAAAAUCAAAAAUUAUAUUCUGCGGACUGCGCAGGAAACAAUAACAAAUGUCCAUUUUUUUAUUCUAUCUUUCAGUUUAAGGGGCAAAUUUGGUGAACGGCAGAACAAACCUGUAACACACUGCAUUACCCAGCCUUCGCAACUCUUCCAGCUGUUAGAAGACCCUGUCAAUGCCAUUCACAGUGUGCGAAUUUGCUCUGAGGACGUCAUGGAGUUGGUCGUCACAAAAAACGAAGACGAAUAUCAGCGCUCGUUCAAGCAAAACGUGUUUAUCGCGGCGUUCACCACUUCGCUCGCCCGUUGA